UUGAAUAGGACACUUGAAAAACAAAAAAAAUACUCACUUUUAAGAUUCUUGCCUAGGAGAUACCAUAAGAGAAUGUGAGUUCUAUAUCUAUGAUGUGGGCGGCAUUCUCCAUGGAAGGGAGCAUGCAUGAGAGUAUUCCUUCCUUUGUGUCUGGAGAAAGCAAAUAUGAAGUAUGAGGAUUCAAUUUCUGACAUGCCUUCAACUUCCCGCUAUCUUCGCGCCUUUAUAUCCUCGCCGUUAAACAAACAGCGCGGCACCGCCGCCGUCGGUCAUGUCCGCCGAGCUCCCUUCUUCGCCAACUCACCACCUCUUCCCCAACCGGUUCUUCUACCGGCCGGCUGCGGUCCGCAGCAGCCUCACUAGGCGCGCCAUCAAGCUAAUCUGCUCCGUCUUCCUGUCCUUCCUCCUCGUGGCCGGCAUCCUCCUUUUCGUCCUCUGGCUCGCGCUCCGCCCCCACCGCCCACGCUUCCACGUCCUAUCCUUCUCGGCCGCCGGCCUCUCCUCCCCCGGCGACGGAGGCGGCCUCUCCUUCAACUUCAAUGUCUCCGUCCGGAACCCGAACGGUAAGAUCUCCAUCUCCUACGACUCUAUUUUCUGCUCGGUCUACUACCGCAGCGAUCGAGUCGGCUCCGGUGGCCCGAUGCCGGCGGCAGCGCCUUUCUACCAGCCUCCGAAGAACACAAAAGCGGUGAGCGGGGAGGCUUCCGGGGUGGCUCCAGCACCGGCUGCCGCGAUGAUCGCGGGGGAGGCGGCGGAGGGCUCGGUGGGGUUCCGGCUGGAGAUGACGUCGGUGAUCCGGUUCAGCGUGUCGACGUUGGAUACGAGAAGGCACCGACUGCACGUGAGUUGCAACGUGGACGUGGGUGGGGCCGACGGUCUCAUCACGGUGGGCUCCAAGAAUAAGAGAUGUUCCAUUUAUUUCUUGUAAAAUGUAUGAGAAAUGUAUGUCUUUUUC